AUGGAGCUCAGCGCCGUCGAGCUCGGCAACGGCCGCAAGCGGGCCCGCCCGGAAGCGGACCACGGCGACGACCACGGCGAGGCCAAGAGGCUGGCUCUCGUCCCGUGGCCGCCGCACCAGCAGAACCCCUCCUCGCGGAUCUACCGCGUCUCAAGGGGCUCCGGCGGCAAGGACCGCCACAGCAAGGUCUACACGGCCAAGGGCAUCCGCGACCGACGCGUCCGCCUCUCCGUCGCCACCGCCAUACAGUUCUACGACCUGCAGGACCGACUCGGAUACGACCAGCCUAGCAAGGCCGUCGAGUGGCUCAUCAAGGCCGCCGCUGCCGCUAUCGACAAGCUACCUUCGCUCGACGCAACAGCCUUCCCCAACCACCCGGCCUCCCAUGCCAACAACAACGCCAAGCCCAUCAGGGAACAACAACAUGCUGCUGCUGCUGCUCACCCCGACGCCGACGCCGACGCCGACGCCUCGCACCUCCACCAGCAGCAGCAGCAGCUCACGAGAUCGGGCUGCAGCAGCACGUCCGAGACCAGCAAGGGCUCCGUCCUCUCGCUCUCUCGCUCCGACAGCCGGGUCAAGGCCAGGGAGCGGGCGCGCGAGCGGAGCGCCUCCGUGAAGGACAAGGACGCCCGGGACGACUCCCUCGUCGCCCGACGCGCCCCCGCCUCCGCGCAGGCCGCCUCCUUCACCGAGCUGCUCACCGGGUUGGCGGCCGCCGCCGCAACCCCGCCCGUCGCCGACCACAAGCAGCACACCUCGAGCUCCUGGCAGCACAUGACCGCGUCCGCCACCGCGGACUACCUCGGCUUCACCCGGAAACCCUCCGGCCACGGCGGGAUGCCCCACACCUUCGCCUCCCCGGCCCCGCACCUCGCCAACAUUGCGCCCGCCGCCAUGGCGCCGCCGCACCACUUCACCCUCACACCUGCCGGCCAGCCGCAGCCGGAGAUGACGCACUUCUCCUUCCUGCAGGACCACUUCAUGCCCGUCGAUGCGGCGCCCGCGCCCGGUGGUCCGGCAGGAGUGGACUACAAUCUCAACUUCUCCAUGUCCUCGGGUCUUGUGGGUGUCAAUAGUAGGGGGACCCUUCAGUCCAAUUCGCAGCCGCACCUCUCCAGCCACCACCACCACCACCACCAGCAGCUCCAGAGGCUGGAUGCUCCGCACAUACCCUUCCUCUUCAGCCCCGCCGUCACGGUCGCCUCGCCGGCGGAGACCCACUUCACCGCCGCCGCCGCCGCGUUGCAGCUCUGGGACGGCUUCAGGCACUCCGACAUCAAGGACAAGGGCAAGAACUGAUCAACAGCUGCAGCCCUUCCUUCGGAUGGUAGGAAGUGGAGACGGCAAAAUCGUCAUAACAUAUUCAUGUGAGCUCCAUCCAUGGCUUGGAAGCCCCAUAAGUGCAAUGGGGAUGAUACCUGCACUCCUAGAAGCAGACCAUCAUCCGCUCAUGUACCGUGGUCAUCGAAGAACCUCAUCAUCGUUCCUCAAAUGAUCUUGCUUUCUUUCUCUGCCUGUUGUAUUAGUUUUGUUUGUGGAGGUAAGUAUUUCGGGAGCAAGAACUUGCUGGAGUUCCUUUGCCAUGCUCUCCAUUCUAAAACAUUGUGAACGGAUGCAUGUGCGCCGCCCUGAACCGGCAGCUCUUUUGACCUUGUGGGAUCAGCUAUCCCUGUCAAAUUUUCUUGUUCUCUGUUGUGUUUUGUGUAACAGAACUCAUUGAUCCAAUCUAUCAGAUGUAUGUGGUGUAAGCUUGUAUCUA